AUGCCUUUGGCAUGUUUCGAUAUAGUAAUAAAUAGAUGGUGGUUAUGUUGGGUCACACAAUCCAUCUCUCAUUCAGUCACAAAAUGGAAGGGAUGGAAGGGAUUCAUCUCAACUUUUUUUAGUGCCUAUCCGAUUACUCUCUCAUUUUGCCCAAUGCUUGAAGCUUUCUCGGCUUUUACCUCCCUCCCCCUCUUCCCCCUCAAUUCAUUUUCCCGCACAUUCAGCCAGUCAGUCUCCCUCCCAUGUUUGGCAGCGCACUCUCCUUUCAAUUUUUUCCAUUCCAUUCGCUCCGCUCAUUUUCUAUUUUUUUUUCUACUACUUUUUAUAAACCAACUGCUCAUUCAUCCCCCCUUAAACAUUCUCAUCAGUGCCAAAAAAGCUUUUCAGCGAUAG